GGGAAAAAAGGAGAGAUGAGCUGGGCGGGAGGUGCCCCCCUUCCAACUAAUGAACAGAGCUUAUGUUAUUGAAGAGCAGCUUGGCCAAUCGGCAGGCAGUGCAGGCAAAGACAGCAGGAAAAAAAGCAGCAGAGCGAGUGGGCAAGAGGAGAAAAAAACUGCAGUGUGUGAGUGUGUGUAGUUUGCAUCCCUCCCCUGAGCAGAUCUUUAUCAGUUUGACUUGAUAGGUGUCUGUGUAUGUGUGGAGAUUACAGCAGGGCUCAGCAAAGUGUCUUGGUACUUGUGGAGAAGAGCUCAGUGUCCAGUGGAGAGCAAACCACAUAAAAAGGAUUUCUGGCAACGUUUUCACUGUGAACACCUCCGGCCACUCCUUCAGAAGUCAACAUUUGGCUGGACUUUGUGUGCAGCCUAAAUGACUAAGUGGAACUUGUUCAAGCACCAGACAACGCCCAUGGUCGCCGCCAAGCCAACAGGGGCCAGUGCCUUGACUGUGACUCCUGCCCCUGUCGCUCUCGUCUCUGCAGACAACUCCACUGAGCCGGUCAGCAAGAACGAUGCCUUUGAUGAGAUCAAAAACAAGUUUCUGAAUGAAAUUGAUAAGAUCCCAUUGCCGUCCUGGGCCAUCAUUGCCAUAGCUGUGGUCGCUGCUUUACUUAUUCUAACGUGCUGCUUCUGCAUCGUCAAGAAAUGUUGUUGCAAGAAGAAGAAGAACAAGAAGGGCAAGAAGGGGAAGGGUGACAUGGGGAUGAAGAACCUCAAAGGAGGAGAGAAACAACAGGAUGACGAUGACGAAGAAGAUGACAUUGAACCUGGACUGACUGGAGAUGAGAAAGAAGAGGAGGUGAAGGAGAAAGAGAAGCUCGGGAAGCUGCAGUACUCCAUUGAUUAUGACUUCCAGGAGAACAAGCUGACAGUGGGAAUCCUACAAGCCGCUGAUCUCCUCUCUAUGGACAGCGGUGGCACGUCUGACCCCUACGUCAAGGUCUUUGUUCUCCCCGACAAGAAGAAGAAGUUUGACACGAAGGUUCACAAGAAAACACUGAAUCCUGUCUUCAAUGAGACUUUUACCUUCAAGAUUCCAUUCCAAGAGAUGGGAGGAAAGACCCUGGUCAUGUCCGUCUAUGACUUUGAUCGCUUCUCCAAACAUGACGUCAUCGGCGAGAUUAAAAUACCCAUGAACACCCUUGACCUGGCAAAGCCAAUCGAAGAGUGGCGAGACUUGGACAGCGCAGACCAAGAAGAGCCGGAGAAGCUGGGUGACAUUUGCAUCUCUCUGCGUUACGUCCCCACUGCUGGCAAACUCACAAUCUGUAUUCUGGAGGCCAAGAACCUGAAGAAAAUGGACGUGGGUGGUCUUUCAGAUCCAUAUGUGAAGAUUAACCUGCUGCAGAAUGGGAAGAGGCUGAAGAAGAAGAAGACGACAGUGAAGAAGAACACACUGAAUCCUUACUACAAUGAGUCCUUCAGCUUUGAGAUUCCUCUUGAGCAAAUGCAGAAAAUCCAAGCUGUGAUCACAGUGCUAGAUUACGACAAGAUCGGCAAGAACGACGCCAUCGGGAAGAUCUGGGUAGGCAGCAAGUCCACCGGUGCGGGGCUGAAACACUGGUCCGACAUGUUGGCCAACCCGCGACGUCCCAUUGCCCAGUGGCAUCCACUGCAGCCAGAGGAAGAGGUGGAUGGUGCCCUCGCAGCCCUGACUGCCAAGAAGUAAACUCCCUCCCACGCUGCCCCCCCAACUCCCCACACGUUUCCCAUCAUUCUCGCAGGUCCCACAUGCCUAUGUAUAUUCCGGACCCAAAUGUACACCCGCCAACUGCCCUGCCCCAUCUUUCAAAAGAUCCAUACAUACAGUUCAUCAUGAUGCCAAAUAGAGCUUAAAAAAGCAUCAUGUUAUAUAAAAUAAUGCCAUUGAAAAAAAAAAAAGUUGACAAGUUACAGGAUGGACAGAUACUUUGUUGAUUUCCUUUAGAUCUAUUUUUGUAUUGAGGUUGUAGUUCUGUUACUGAAAGUACAGCGUCGACUAUAACGACCAGUUAGAGCGCUAAACGGGAAUCUGGUGAAUGAGGGGAAAAAAAGCAUCCAUUCAUCGAUAUUAUACCCCCCGUCCCCUUAGUGACACAGUCUGCUUAGAAUAGUGCUUAAUAAUAAAAAUGCUUUAUACUGCCAUAUGAUAGAGGAAUAACACAAGCAGGUCCAUUCCUUGGGUGUAUCGUGCACCACGCUCCACACCUGCCACUUAUCUUACUCGACCGUUCUGUUAGUACAUUCCUAGAGUUGGGUAGCCAGUAGUGGUAGGCACAUAUCAUGCUACCCACACGACACACUGCCUUUUCGAUUAGUUCACCUUUCGCCCAUCGUCUCAGGAAUACUGAGAGGAGACUCCACGCCUUUUGUUCUGCACGGGUUGUUAGGAUCAACACACGUUGAGCGAGUUGGUCAGUGAGGGAUUUUGAGCUUGAAGGAUGAGGGAGAAUUUGUAUUUUUGUGUGUCCUUGACUGUGCGAAACAUCAUAUUAAGGGGAUAUCCAACAGACUGACUCCAACCACCAAUGAUGUGAUAUUUACAAGGUGUCGGUGACUGCCUGCCGUGCACCACCUCCUGUCCCAGCGACGCCGUAUCUCACUUGUUCCGCGCUACUGCCAUCAGUCAUGGACUCCACACACACGUCUUACAGUCAUAAAGGAGACAAGCCUUCCAAGUAUCAAAAUAAGCAAUUCUCAACUACCAGGGACGCCUUCCACUUAGUGGUGUUGUUCUCUUCAUUUGCCACGCCCUUUGUUUUGCAUUUAUUCCCUUAUUUGAUUUUCAAACACGUUCAUUGCUCAAGCACUUUAUCUCGAAAUGGUACAUCUAAACAUGAUUGAAAAAAAACAAAAACAAAGCUUUAAUUAUUUAUUUGAAAAGAAUUAUGUGAUACUUGAUGGAGUUGAUUGUGUGUGUUUUUUUUUUAAUUGCCACUCAUUUUUGUGCGUCUCUCAGUUGUUUGGUUUCUCACUGGAUUGCGAAGACAACAUUUCAAACAGUUGAAUUUAAUUGCACUAACUGGGAUUUUUUUUUUUUUUCGUUCAGCAGUAUGCUGCUCUCGUUUUGGGGGGGGGAUGAAAUGUUUUCCGGGUUUUUUGUGGCACAUGUGGCAUCAGUGCCGGCUUUGUUUGGUUCGCUGUGUUUGAAAUAACUCACGUUCUUUUGAAGAGAUGUCAUCUCGUGACCAAAACGUAUCAAUGUUGGAUAAAUUGACAAGCAUCAACACAUGUAUCGCUACACUUGCAAAAAAAAAACAACAAAAAACUACCAGUUGACUGUGCUCAGUCAACAUGAAUCAAAUGCAGCUUGGAAUUGAACAAAUGUUUCACAGGUUUCGUUCUCUCUUUUUUUCAUGUUGUUGACAACACUAAAAAAAAAAAUUAAUAAAAAAAAAGGCGACACGGAAGCAAUGGAGCAACAUGUUGGUGUAGUUUUCCCUAAAUACAUAGUCCAUCCACGUUGAUACUGCAUGUUUAUACAAAAAUACUGUACAUAAGAGCAUGUUUUAGAGACGGAGCAAAAAUAUCUAGUGUACUUAAAUGGGUGUCAUUUGUCAUUUUAUUAACACGACAAACAGCAACAAAAAAGAUGCACUGUAUAUUUUCUAAAUGAAUCAAAUGUGUAUUUAUUUUCCAUGAGGGUCAUUGGAGAGAAUGUCAUCCAGAUGUUAGAGUAAUACUACUACUAAUUCCUAGAGGAACCUUUCCACGCCUGAAAUUCUUAAGCAAGUGUGUCGUCCAGUACCGUGUGUGAGUUCAUGUAGGAUGAAAAUGUAGCCGCAUGCUUGCUAUCUUAACUCCCUGUGGUUCAAGUAUUCUAUUGCUUUUGUUUCAUGUUCAACCAUACUGCCAUAUCUGCAUUUUCUUCUAUGGAACAAGGGUCUCCAAGUCUUCAAGUCUUUCAUUUCCUUAAAAAGAACACCCUGCAGUGUCAUUGUAAACUAUUAUAAUAAUAUAAGAGUGAAAUGAAUAGGUGUCUUGUUGUGGUUGUGCCAAUGAUCGAUCCGUGAUGGGUCAUUUCUUCCUCCAACUGGCCGAAAGAAUGAGCCGUUCCGUUAAAACACAAAUGACUUGGAAUCCCUUUUUCCCGACUAUUUGUUGACUUUUUUUUUUCAAUGAUUGUUUUUGACCUUCAUGGCUAUGUCUUUUACUGUUUUAUUCUACAAUAUGUGUAUACAAUAUAAAUGCUAAAACUAUAAAACUAAAGCCAUAAAACUCAAGCACUAACUCUUUAGGGCUCAGCUGAGCAGAUAGAUUUGUUGUAUAAGGGAAAAAUAAUGUCAUUUUUCUUGGCCAGAGUUUGUCCUGACAUUGCAUUUACAGAUUCAUUUCAGAGAGAUGUGAGCAUCCGGAACAGUUUCUUAGGGCGUGUGUGUGUGUGUGUGUAUUUAUUUAUUUAUUUAUUUUUUACUUUGUUAGUCUGAUUGUAUUCAUUAUCAAUGUAAUGUCACACUUAAGUCCGUGAUAACCCUGCCAUUGCUUUUGGGGUGAGUGCAAUUUAUCAUCCAAACUGGGUUUGCCGGCUUUUUAGCCGAGCAUAGUUUUGACUAAUACUGCUAACAAAAUCGAGGGUUGGAUUUGAGGUUUCAAUUUUUACAAAAUUGCUAAUAGCGUUAGCUCAGCUUAGCAUAGUUGUAGCUAAUGCAGGUCAUGAUUUGAAUGCUUUUUCUAGCAACUGACCAUGAGCUUAGUUAGCGUGUUUGUGACAGUGACAGUGCAAAAGGUCACAGCAUAACCACUUGGGAUGAGAGUUAGCUUAGCUUAGCAUAUAUUUAAUACAGAGCCCUUGAGGGGACAUGGGGAAAAAAUAAAUUGAUGGGAACGAACUUUUGCGAGAGAAUGCAAAACUUUUGCGAGAGCUCACAAAAUUUUUGCGAGAGCUCGCGAAACUUUUGCGAGACAAAGCGAAACUUUUGCGAGAACUCGCAAAACUUUUGCGAGAGCUUGUGAAACUUUUGCGAGAGCUCGCGAAACUUUUGCGAGAUAACGCGAAACUUUUGCGAGAUCUAAGCAAAACUUUUGCGAGAGGACGCAAAAAUGUUUGCGAGAGCACCGAUGUCUCGCAAAACAGUUUUGCACAUGGGAAAAAAAAAAAAUUGAUGGGAACGAACUUUUGCGAGAGCUCGCAAAACUUUUGCGAGACAACGCAAAACUUUUGUGAGAGAACGCGAAACUUUUGCGAGAGCUCGCGAAACUUUUGCGAGAUAACGUGAAACUUUUGCGAGAUCUCCCGAAACUUUUGCAAGACAACACGAAACUUUUGCGAGAGAACGCAAAAAUGUUUGCGAGAGCACCGUUCUCUCGCAAAACAGUUUUUCGCCUAGGAAAAAAAAAAUUGGAACGAACUUUUGCGAGAGCUCGCAAAACUUUUGUGAGAUAACACGAAACUUUUGCGAGAGAAUGCAAAACUUUUGUGUAAAAAAAAAAUUGAUGGGAACGAACUUUUGCGAGAGAACGCGAAACUUUUGCAAGAGAACGCAACACUGUUUGCAUUAAGAGCAUUGCACUUCCGUGUGCUGAGCGGAUGUUUGCGGUGUAACUUCAAAUUAAGAACAGCACAUUCGUUGAGUUUCUGACAUGACUGUUUACUGACAGGACAAGCAGUACACACAACUGAAAGAAUCCGAUAUACGGCUAAUCAAUGUAUUUCCUUUCAAGUGUCAGUACUCAAAGAGUACUCAAAGAGUGCUGUUCUUAAUCUGACGUUUCACCGCAAACAUCCGCUCUGAACAAGCUCUUCAUGAAAACCCAUCAGUUUUACCUCCAUGUUCCCUCGGGAGCUCCGUAAUUUAACAACCACUGCUAAUGCUAAAAAAAAAAAAUCUAGUAGUGGAAAAGGUUAGCUGAGCAUAGUUCAGCUAAUAAUACACUACCAGGAAAGUGUUAUCAUCGACCAGUUUAGGCAUGCAGAGUCUAUCAUGACACAUGUACAACGCUUUACAACAGGUUAGCUUAGCAUCGGUUGAGUGGUAACUGCUAACAUUGCCCGAAUUGCAAGCAGCAGCUAGAUAACUUAGCAUUGCUUGACCUACUUUUAGUUUAUCGUGCCUAUCCUGGUGCAAUUCAAAGUCCAAAUGAUGACGGAUCAUUUCAGCAUGUUUCAGGAAGACUGCCGCUCCCUCACUACACAGUCGUGAAUUUGUGAAGCCAAAACACCACGUAGCAAAACCAUUCUUGGCAAACGUGACUACAGAUACGAGCACAUUGAUGAGAUUUGUACUCACCGCUACCGUUACUGGACUGCUGAGGCGACAGAGGGCGGGUUUGUUUGAAUCUAUGUUAGGAGACCUGACAGGAAAAACAAUCACUUCAUUCCAGUUCUAUCGAAACUUUUGGUCCGAACACACUUUAUGCACGACUGUAUUGCUUUUUAGAAACAAAUUCUGGGAUUUAAAAAGGGAAACCAUCCACUUAAUCUCUUUACUUGCUGUAUUUAGUCAAAAAGUGAGGAAAAGUGCAAUCACUUUUGUUUUUGUGGUGUAUUCUUCACAUGUAGCGUCUCUGUGUGCAUCAACGGCGGGCAUUUGUCUCCCUAAAUGUCGGCUUUAUAUUUGUGUCUUUGUUCGUUUUAUGUGUCAUCGGAGUCUUUCAUCUGGCGCAUGGAGUCCCUCCUCCCCGAAUUCUGCUUUUGCUGUGCAUAAAGAACGCUGGCCUUCAUGUUUACAACAUGGACUUAGUGUAAACUGCCAAAUUCCUGUACCUGAUCCUACUUUUCAACCGUUCGCUCCAGCUGUUCUCAAGACUCCUUCCCCCCCCCGUUUCAUUUACUUUCUCUUCUCCAUCCUCUUGGAAAGCAUUGGAUCAAAGGACGGUCAGGUUGUGUCCUCUAGCUGUGUUCUUUGUGUCUCGUGUCGUGGUGCGCGUGUUCAUGUCAGUACUUGUGCCUACUGUGGAUCGCAUGCUUUAGCCCUUGACUGGACACAAACGUUGCUCACAAACUCCUCUUGACCCUUAUGUGGACAAAUGUUGGGGAUCCUUAUAACGUUAUCAAGGGAGCCAAAUAACUUAUUACAAAUUUAUCAUAUGUGUUACCAGUUCUGUACAAAAAAACAAAUAGGAAAUAAAGAACUUUUAAUUACCGUGA